AUGGCAGUUACUCAUGGGAGAACAGUCUUGUUCAUGUUUGUUGCAAUAUUUAUGUUGUUUAAUGUUCAAAAUGCAUUUGUGAGUUGUGUUUUAACUUCUGAAUUACAAAGCAAAAUCUCUAAAAUCAACCAAGAGGGUCCUUACUUGGGUUUAGUCAUACCAAAUUCUUUUGAACUUAACCCUCUUCUUCAAAAUUCAGGCUAUACUCCUACUGACACCAUCAUAGAUUUUGCAGGAAGGAGAUUUCGUUUUGGAUUCAUUGGUGACAAACCUGUUGUAUUGGUCAUGACUGGAUUGAGUGUGAUAAAUGCAGCUAUAACUACACAGCUUCUGUUAAGCUUUUUUAAUAUAGAUGGAGUUGUUCAUUAUGGUAUUGCUGGAAAUGCAAAUCCUUCGUUGCAUAUUGGAGAUGUUGCUAUUCCUCAUUAUUGGGCACAUUUGGGACUUUGGAGUUGGCAGAGAUUUGGACAAGGGGCUAAUGAUACGUUACCAUUAGAAAACAAUGGAGACUACACAAGAGAUGUAGGGUUCAUCAAGUUUUCAGAUUUCACAUCAAACAUAACUGCUGCUGACAGUGCUAAAGUUGAUAACCAUCUCAACAGUCUCUGGUAUCAACCUGAAGAGAUUUUUCCAGUUGAUGGCAUUCCUGAAGAAAGACAGCAUGCUCUAUGGGUUCCCGUUGAUUCCAACUACUACCUUAUCGCCAAAAAACUCGAGGAUAUGAAGCUAGAAGCAUGCAUAGAUUCAGACACGUGUUUGACAACAACACCAAAGGUACUGCUUGUGGAGAGAGGAACAAGUUCAGGAUUCUAUUUAGAUAAUGCAGCGUACCGGACAUUUAUUCACGAUAAGUUUAACGUGAGUCCGGUGGAUAUGGAAAGUGCAUCGGUUGCUCUUGUUUGCUUGCAGCAAAGGAUUCCAUUUAUUGCUAUUAGGGCUCUCUCUGAUUUGGCGGGUGGUGGCACCGCGGAGUCGAAUGAGGCUGAUACGUUCGUGUCGCUGGCCGCCACGAACUCUGUCGCGGUGGUUGUUGAGUUUGUGAAGCUCUUGUCAGGUCACUCCCAGUGGUGA